AGACUGGCCUUGUCGAAAUGGCGGAUGUGUAAUGGUUUGAAGCAAAUUAAACUUUCAAGAUACCCAUCUAAGACACUAAGCUAGCUUGGUAGAUGGCAGAUUCACGGGAUAACCAGCACAAUCAGGAAAACCAGUACGGCAAAGACCAUCAUUGGACAAGAGAAGAUUUUGCUGCGUGUGCUUCAGCCAAUGCAAAUUACUAUUAUCAAAUGUCGUUGUGGUGGUGGAACACAUACUUGCACAAUUUGCACGCCGGAACUCAUCCUUGGGCCAGUCAGUUUACAGAUCAAAGCUGCGAGUGUACAGAAAGAAGUUUGGUCGAAGAAGACGCUUGCGAAUGCUGCCAGAAUGACGAAGGCACCUUUGAGUCGCAGAGACAUCAAAUGAAUCAAUGCAAGGACUGUCCACAGCAGUAUCCAGGCCCUCCCUGGCAGAGAUUGCCGGAGGAGUAUUCCAGUAGUAGUGGAAAUCACCGUGAUUUUCGUUUGAGGCAGAACAAUGAUUCUGAUAAAGAUAAUGUUGAGGAUAAUGAUAGUGACGAUUGCGCAGGUGGUGAUGAGGAUUGCAAUGAUCGCAUUGAUGAUGAUGAUGAUGAUGAUGAUGAUUGUGAUGAUAACAGAAACGACAAUGAUGAUGAUGAGGACAGUGAUAUCCAUAUGGAAGUUGAUGACAAUUUUAGAAAAUUCUUAGAACAGUCAGAGAAACACAGACAGGAACGCGAGCAGAGAAAGCAAGAAAUAUUACAAGCCAAAGAUGAAUACAUUGAAGUUGGUUCAAUUCAUCUGAACACAACAACACGUGCUCCAUCAGAACAACCUGGUGCAAAGAGGAAAGCAGAAAUGCAAGAACUCUAUGGCAAACAUGCCUCAGCCAUUAUGUCUCUUGAGGCAUCACUUCAACUCAACUAUGACAAAAACUGUGAUUUGAGACAGCCAAUCUUUUGGCCCAGUAUUCCUCUGAAGUUUUGAUUUUAUUAUUGUAGGACAUUUUUUUUCUUUAUUAAAAUUGAGCAAUUUUGGUC